CCUCCUCAAAGCAGAACUCCCUUUAUAAAUUUUGCAAGCCACUUGCUAUUUCCUACAUUAUCAGCUUAGGUUUACGUUCUUCUCUCUCAUUAUAAUACCUACCUAGCUUUUUGUUGCAAGGCUAAAAAUGGAGUUCCAUGUCCCACGCAUUCUUGCUUUCCUCGCUUUUGCACUUGUGGUAAGCCAUGCGGCCUUGCCACCUGAACUUUACUGGAAAAAUGUGCUGCCCAACACUCCUAUGCCAAAAUCUGUCAGAGAUCUUCUACACCCAGACUUGGUGGAGGACAAGAGCACUUCUGUUGCUGUAGGGAAGGGUGGAGUGGAUGUUGAUGCAGGAAAAGGAAAGCCAGGAGGAACUGCUGUAAAUGUAGGGAAGGGUGGAGUGGAUGUUGAUGCAGGAAAAGGAAAGCCAGGAGGAACUGCUGUCAAUGUAGGCAAGGGUGGAGUGAAUGUAAACUCUGGGAAAGGAAAGCCUGGAGGAACUGCUGUAAAUGUUGGAAAGGGUGGAGUGAAUGUAAACUCAGGGAAAGGAAAGCCAGGCGGCGGGACACAUGUCAGCGUGGGAGGCAAAGGUGUUGGUGUCAACACCGGAAAGCCUGGGAAGGGAACCCAAGUUGGUGUUGGCAAAGGCGGAGUGUCGGUGGGCACAGGACACAAGGGCAAGCCCGUAAUUGUUGGGGUACACCCCGGGCCAAGCCCAUUCCUAUACAAGUAUGCGGCCACCGAGACUCAACUACACCAUGACCCUACUGUAGCCCUUUUUUUCUUGGAGAAAGACAUGCAUCCAGGAAAAAUGAUGAACUUGCAGUUCACUGAAAACACUAACACAGCAACUUUCUUACCUCGCCAGGUUACUGAUUCAAUACCCUUUUCAUCUAACAAUUUGCCAGAAAUCUACAGUGAGUUUUCAGUCAAACCUGGAUCAACAGAAGCUGAGGUAAUGAAGGAAACAAUCAAGGAAUGUGAAAACCCUGGAAUUGAAGGAGAGGAAAAAGAAUGCGCAACUUCACUGGAGUCAAUGAUCGACUUCAGCACUUCCAAACUAGGAAAGAAUGUUCAGGCAAUCUCCACAGAAGUGGAAAGCACCCAGAUGCAAAAGUAUACAAUUAAGACCGGAGUAAAGAAGAUGGCAGGAGACAAAUCUGUAGUGUGCCACAAGCAGAACUAUGCAUACGCCGUCUUUUACUGCCAUGCAACACAAACCACGAGGGCUUACGCGGUUCCAUUGGAGGGUGCUGAUGGAACAAAUGCUAAAGCUGUAGCAGUGUGCCACACAGAUACAUCUGCAUGGAACCCAAAGCAUUUGGCUUUCCAGGUGCUCAAUGUUAAGCCAGGAACCGUACCAGUCUGCCAUUUCCUUCCUCAGGAUCAUGUUGUGUGGCUUCCCAACUAGGAGUCUGGAUCCCAGUCAUUUCGUCUCUCUUCAGUCCACGGUAGCUGAAAUUGGAAUGUUGUAUACUUAUAUAUCUACUCGGUUAUAUCUACUAGGUUUUCAUAAUAAUACAUCCAAAACCCACUACAAAAGGUUAUGUAUAAUAUAAAGCUUGCUGUAGAUUCAGUGAAUCACGGUGUUUAUUAUUAGAUAACAUCUCCUUCUGUUGCUA